UUUUAGUUAUUAUAUAGAACAGACGACUAAAAAGAUAUUUCAAGUGUUUCGUAAAACUCUACCGGUUGCUUAAAUAAUGUUUACCAAAUUGAUUUCUUUAAAGUUACUGCUUACAAUAUUAGCAUUAGUUAAAUGUUCAAAUAUUGAAUCAAUAGAUAUUAUAUAUUGGGAAAUAAAACCGUUCAUUUUUAGAAAUUCUGACGGUAACAUUUCGGGCAUUUUUCCAAAGAUGUUUAGUGAGGGGCAAUACUAUUGUAGCAAAAAAAAAUUGGUUAUUAACUAUAAAAAAAUCAUAUCUUCUAGAAAAAAAUUUUAUGAACUUCUUCUUUCUAAUAUAACGCACAACAACAGCGAAUUUUCAGUUGUUAAUGACAAGAACUUGGUAUGGCUUCCCGAAAACAUGUUUGGCAACUCGCAAGAAUACAAAAAGGUUUGGCAAUUGCGGACUUUGCCUUUAAUAUGGUCAAAUGGUAUUGCAAUAAUUAUGCCUCGAUACAUGAUUUCGUUACCUAUAAAAAUGCUUCGAGGAAUUUACAGCUGUCGGCAAAUCAUAACUCUGACUUUAAUGUUAUCUCUUCUCUUUGGAAUAAUAAUUUGGUUUGCAGAAUACAAAUCCAAUAAGCAAUUUUCAAAAUUCUUUAUAGCAGGAACAGGAACAGGUGUUUGGUGGAGUUUGGUAUCCAUGACUACGGUUGGUUACGGAGAUGUUGUACUUCGGUCAAUUGUGGGUAAAGUAAUUGCUUCUAUAUGGUUGUUUAUUGGUGUUAUAAUUGCAUGUCUUACAACAGCAACAAUAACGAAGACGAUCAAAGGCUUAGAAGGUUUGGAUAUCUAUUCUCAAAAAGUUUCAGUGCUUGAAAAUUCUCAAGAGUUGAAGAUUGCUAAUGAAAAUUAUGCUGCACAAAUAUUUCCUGUUAAAUCUUACGAUGAAGCACUCGAUAUGGUUAGAGAUGGAAAAGUAUUUGCUGCUCUGAUGAAUGCAGAUGUUGCUGCCUGGUUUCAAAAAGAAAUUACUAAUGAUAGUAAUAGCGUUCCGUUACGCAUCGUCAAUAUUAUCCCUGCAAAAAUAGAAACGAACAUUCUUAUACCAAUGAAUUUAUCAGUUAACGCUUCGUACUUUAUUGAAUGCAUGUUAAAACAAAAAGACGAAGUUUUAAAUCGAUCAAACGAACAUUUUAAAAGGCUUUGUCAAACUGAAACAUUGUAUAUUGAUUCAAUUACUGACAUGUUUAAGAAAAGCGCUUUAUAUCAACUUCUUUUAGGAAUUGUGAUUGCGAUAUUGUUUUUGGGAUUAGGGAUGGAAAUUUUGAUGAGAAAAUCAAAAAUUGAUAAAAAUGAAAUUCAAUCUUUCAAUUUUUUAGUUGAUUUUUCUUUUGCAAAAGUCGACUUGCCAAAAAGCGUCAACAAGACAUAUGAGCGGAUUGGUGGAAAGUUUAUAUAAUUUUAUAUAAACAUUAAAUUUAAAUGAAAAUCAUAUUAAUAAAUUAAGCUUAACAAAGGAUAAUUUUCUUUUGGGUUCAACACUUUGUUUUUUCAAAAAUGACCCGUUUUGCAUUUGUUUUAAAACAAAAAUCAAGGUGUUUCAUUAAAGGUACAUGUUUUAGAGCAUGUUGCUAUUUGUAUUUUAUUAUUAUUUUACGUUUUAAACAUUAUUUAUUUAUCAGAAAUAAAUAAAUAUUUUAUUCUGUGAA